GACCUCGCCGCUGGUAACCACGAUGCCCCAGUCAAUCAUAUCCCCGUUCAGUCUGCUGCGGAGCCAACUCCUGCAUCUCCUAUUGGCUCCGACAAUUCUGCUGCCGGCUCGCCAUCGGACGAGUCAUCCACGUCACCCGUUCCAGACGUCGCCAUCAAGACCGAGCCCGAUCUUGAGCUCGAGGACGGCAGGGCCAUCCGUAGCCUCCCCACUCGCGCAUCAAAAUCCCGUCGGCGGAUCCCGCUCGACGCACCCAUCCAGCCCCGGAAUUACAAUGGUCCCAGCCGUACCGCCGCGAAGCCCUUGCCCAAGGGAUUCGAGAAGGCGCUUUCGAUUGCACAAGCUGCGGGUGUAAAGCGGAAACUGGAGGCAGACGAUGAAGAAGACGAUGAAGAAACGACCGAGCUUGUCCGCACAAUCAAGGACAAGGUAGCGCUUAAGCGGGCGAAGAACACGCUCGCCGCUCGCAAGUCCCGCGCACGCAAGGCCGCGUAUACCGAGGAGCUCGAGCGCUCUAUCUCCGAGCGCGAGGAGCGCAUUGCCGAGCUUGAGCGCACGAUCCAGGAGCGCGAUGUCGAAAUCCGCGUGCUCAAGUCGCUCCGAUAUGCCGAAGACGCAUGAGCUCUUCGUCCGUCCAUCAUCUAGCUUGCAAGUCAAGCACCAACUACACAGUAGCGGUCACAGAGUUGAAGGGGAUAGGAGGGGCGCGUAGCCGAGAGGCCGUGAGGACGAUAACGACGACGACGACGAACCUGCGCACGGACCCCCAUCUCACGGACCUUGCGUACAUCUCUCACCUUUUCUUUCGGUCUCACGGUUUUCUUAAAAGUCUUACGACACCACAACCACAUCAAUUGCGCCCCUGCAUCUCGCACCACUUCACGCCUCGCACGAC